GCGGGCCGAGGCGAGCGGGGGCGGGGUCUCGCGCCGUCCUGGGGCGGCUCUUCGGGCCGGGCCCGCGCUGGAGCCGUGGACACCCGUCGUCGCUGUCGCCGCCGCCACCUUGGCUUCUGCUGCCACCGCCGCUGCCGGUCGCCACCAUGAACCAGGAUCUUCGCAGGGAGCGGGAAGCCGCCAGCUUCAACCCGGAGCUGCUCACGCACGUCUUGGACGGCAGCCCCGAGAACACCCGGCGCCGCCGAGAGAUCGAGAACCUGAUUCUGAAUGACCCAGACUUCCAGCAUGAGGACUUGAAUUUCCUCAGUCGCAGCCAGCGUUACGAGGUGGCUGUUAAGAAGAGCGCCAGCAUGGUGAAGAAGAUGAGGGAAUUUGGCAUCGCAGACCCUGAAGAAAUCGUGUGGUUUAAAAAUUUUGUGCACCGAGGGCGGCCUGAGCCUCUGGAUCUUCACUUGGGCAUGUUCUUGCCUACUUUACUUCACCAGGCAACCGCGGAACAACAGGAGCGCUUCUUCAUGCCCGCCUGGAACUUGGAGAUCAUUGGCACUUAUGCCCAGACAGAGAUGGGCCAUGGAACUCAUCUCCGAGGGUUGGAAACCACAGCCACUUACGACCCUGAAACUCAGGAGUUCAUUCUCAACAGCCCUACCGUGACCUCCAUCAAGUGGUGGCCGGGUGGACUUGGAAAGACCUCAAAUCAUGCGAUAGUUCUUGCCCAGCUCAUCACAAAGGGCAAGUGCUAUGGAUUACAUGCCUUCAUCGUACCGAUUCGUGAAAUUGGGACCCAUAAGCCUUUGCCAGGUAUUACUGUUGGCGAUAUCGGCCCCAAAUUUGGCUAUGAUGAGAUGGAUAAUGGCUACCUGAAGAUGGACAAUUAUCAUAUUCCCAGAGAAAACAUGCUGAUGAAGUAUGCCCAGGUGAAGCCUGAUGGCACGUACGUGAAGCCCGUGAGUAACAAGCUGACCUACGGGACCAUGGUGUUUGUCAGGUCCUUCCUCGUAGGAGAAGCCGCUCGGUCUCUAUCCAAGGCUUGCACCAUUGCCAUCAGAUACAGCGCUGUGAGGCACCAGUCUGAACUCAAGCCAGGUGAACCAGAACCACAGAUUUUGGAUUUUCAGACCCAGCAGUAUAAGCUCUUCCCACUCCUGGCUACUGCCUACGCCUUCCAGUUUGUCGGCGCGUACAUGAAGGAGACCUACCAUCGGAUUAAUGAGGACAUUGGCCAAGGGGACCUGAGUGAACUGCCCGAGCUUCAUGCCCUCGCCGCCGGGAUGAAGGCUUUCACCUCCUGGACAACUAAUGCUGCCAUCGAAGCUUGUCGGAUGGCUUGUGGCGGGCAUGGCUAUUCUCACUGCAGCGGCCUUCCAAACAUUUAUGUCAAUUUUACCCCCACCUGCACCUUUGAGGGAGAGAACACUGUCAUGAUGCUGCAGACGGCUAGGUUCCUGAUGAAAAGUUAUGACCAGGUGCACUCAGGAAAGUUGAUGUGUGGUAUGGUGUCCUACUUGAAUGACCUGCCCAGUCAGCGCAUCCAGCCGCAGCAGGUCGCGGUCUGGCCGACUGUGGUGGACAUCGACAGCCCCGACAGCCUAACGGAAGCCUAUAAACUCCGCGCAGCCAGAUUAGUAGAAAUUGCUGCAAAAAACCUUCAAAAUGAAGUGAUUCACAGAGAAAGCAAGGAGGUAGCAUGGAAUCUAACUUCCAUUGACCUUGUUCGAGCAAGCGAGGCACAUUGCCACUAUGUGGUAGUUAAGCUCUUUUCAGAAAAACUCCUCAAAAUCCAAGAUAAGUCCAUCCACACUGUCUUGAAGAAUUUAUGUCUCUUGUACUGCCUGUAUGGAGUCAGUCAAAAGGCAGGGGACUUUCUGCAGGGAGGCAUCAUGACGGAGUCUCAAAUUACCCAAGUAAAUCAGCGCAUUAAGGAGCUGCUGACUGUGAUUCGCCCAGACGCUGUUGCUUUGGUUGAUGCGUUUGACUUUCAGGAUGUGACACUCGGCUCUGUGCUCGGCCGUUAUGAUGGGAACGUGUAUGAAAACUUAUUUGAGUGGGCCAAGAAGUCCCCACUGAACAAAGCAGAGGUCCAUGAAUCUUACCACAAGUAUCUGAAGCCCCUGCAGUCCAAGCUCUGAAGGGUCAUGAUGAGAAGUUUCAUUUGCUCCAGAAAGCAGCUGUACUCCACUCCCCUUAUACUCAUCACACAAAUCUGCUUGGAAUCUCUAUCAAAUUCAGAGAGCUAUAGAGCAAAUGAUAAAUUGAGCCCUUUCCUCUUUUUAUAAAUGAAGAAAAAAAAUGAACAAAUUUCAGAGAUUAAACGAAAAAAACAGAUGUGUUUUAAGUGCAAUUAACACUGCAAGAGACGUAUCGAGCAUCAGAAGAAGCUUUAAGAAAUGCAGCAUGCCUUCCAUUUGUAGUGCUGCUGGUUCCAGUAGGCCAUGACUUUUGAUAACUAGUAGAACUUAACUACUGAGUAGUUAAUUAUUUUCACCUCUUAAUUGCUAAUCACUGGAUAUAUAAGUGUUUUUAAGCAAAGGUAUUUUUUAAGCGGGGUAGAUAGAACCCUUCCCAGCUUUUCUGUUAAACGUUCCUGUCAUGGGCCCUGGCUAAGAAGCAGGACUGAAGAAAAGGGAUUCGGGGAAAGAAACUAAUCAAGACAUUUAGUGUGAGUGAGUUUGUGCCCGACACAUUGACGCGACGUGCCCAUUUGCCCUGCUUUGCCGACCUGGUAUUUCCACCUAACUAUUCACAGUAGCACCUUUCCAGCAUGAGGACUUCUUUGACUUCAGCACAGGCCUAGAAUAGGAUCACUGUCCUGCAUAAUUAGGAGUUACUCUUCCUUCCAUUCGAGGGAUCCCUAAAUCGUCUGUGCAGUAGCAUUGCAAUUCACUUUGUCCCAAACUUCUUAGAAAAGGACAAGAAGCAAAAUCAUCUCUGCAUCUGACUUCUAGCAGCUGAUGGCACCUCUGGCCGUGUGGUGUUUCCUCUCCCACCCCUUUCUCUGUCCUGAAAAAGAUGCUAAGAAAGGAAAAGAAGGGGUCACAGUUCCUUCAUAGUAGAAUGAGUAUGGGGAGAGCUCUCUCAGUUAUGGUCACUGUGACUGUGGUGUCCAUACUAACUGGAUAUUCUGGAACAAUCUAGAUUUUUCAAUAGUCUAUUACAGUGCUUGGAGGUUACAGUGUUUGGCAUUAUAAAAUAGAAGCAUCACUCAGGCCACCUCUUCCACCCAGGGCGAGCACAGAAAACCCCUUUGACAAACCAUGGCUUCUGAUUUUGGAUGUAAAUCGUCGAAUCAAAAUAAUCAUCGAAACUAUGGCUAAUGGAUAAAUGCCAGUUUCACAGAAUCUCUCUCUUACUGUACAUUGGCUUUAUUUUCAGUCUGUUCCUAGGAGAUUGAUCUGAAUUGCAACAUUGUCCUUUGAGCCAAAAUCUAAUUUACACAAUCACUCUGCAUUUAAAAGUUAAACAUGGACCUCCUAAUGAAAUUUUUUCUUAAAAUCAAUGUAAAGCAACACAUUAGCUGAUUUUUUGUUUUGUUGUGUUUGUUUUUUCUUUUACCUGUUAACUGUAUCUGUAACUUCUGCCUCAUGAAUCCAGUUGUUCCGUAAUCAGUCUUGAGAAUGUAGGAUAAUUCAGGGAAAUGUCUCCCUACCUUGGGACCCAACAUAAAAACUAUCCCAGUGGAACCAGCUAUAUGAGAUUUUCAGGUCCCACAGAAAUGCUGUUGACACAAGCCUUAAUCCUUCCAUCAGGAAAGCUGCUUGGGAAUUGUAAGACUGAAGUAAGCAGUCUAUCAAUUUCAUCGGAAUAGAUCUUGACAGUAGUUCAGGUUCUGGGAAAUAAAAUAGAUUUAAAUUGCUUA